CACCUUGAUACGUCACCUUCCAUCUACCUGAGGAGGUCAGGUAAAGUCUGCAGCUCAACGGAGGAACCGGAGACUCUUCUCUGAACCCGUUGUCCGCGAUGGCCGAGUCCCAGGUGGUGUGUCUGGACGAAGACCACGUCAACGAGAAGGUCCCGGAGACCAGACCCGAGUUCUACUACAGCGAGGAGCAGCGCGCGGCCAUCGAGCAGCUCGUGAGGAACGGGGACGGCGCGUUCAAGAUGCGCCUGAAGGAGGACAACGUGAAGGACUUCUUAUCCGCGCAGGAGGUCCAGAGUCUCAGGAACACCUUCGACGCGUACACCUCGGACAGCGACUCGGAGUCGGAGGGCGAGAAGUCCAAGGCGUCGAGCGCCGACUCGGGGGUGCACUCCACCUACUGGCCCGAGAUGUCGGACACGGAGAUCCCCCCGCUGGACGCGGGCUGGGUCCCGGGGAACGGGGUGUACCGGGGGGCCUCCCGGGUGGUGAUGUACUCCCACCCGCCCAAGGAGAACGGGCCGCACAUCAAGCAGGUGGUCCGGAAGCUUAUCCAGGAGUCCCACAAGGUGGUUGCCAUAGUGAUGGACCGUCUGACAGACCUGCAGAUUCUGCAGGACCUGCUGGACGCGCUGUCCCGGCGGGGGGUGGCGGUCUACGUCGUGCUGGAGGCCGCGGGCGUGGCCCACUUCCUGGACAUGUGCGGCCGCCUGCAGAUCAACGCUGCGCAGAUACGGAACCUCCGUGUGCGGUCGGUGAAGGGGGCGGGGCUUGCCCUCUCCUUCGGUAAGCUCCCGGGGUCUCUGAGCUCCAAGUACAUGCUGGUGGACGGCGAGAAGGUCAUGUUCGGCUCCUACAGCUUCACCUGGAGCUCCUCGCGGCUGGACCGCAACACCAUCACCGUGAUGACGGGCCACGUGGUCGACUUCUUCGACAACGACUUCCGGGAGAUGUACGCGGCGUCCGAGGAGGUGGACCUCUUCAAGGAGUUCAGCAUCACGCGGCCGCCCCCCACGCCGCUGCUGAAGCCCGUGGUCAAGGCCAAAGCCCCGGCCCUCAGCGUCUCCAUCUCCCGCUUCCAGGUGUCCCUGAAGGAGCAGAGCCAGAACAACGUCAAGGUGCCCGCGCACAAGUACCACAACCCCAAGUACUCCCUGGUGGUGGGCAACAGCCUGAGCCGCACCUGCUCUCUGCAGGACGUCUCCUCGCCCCCCAGCCCCCCGCCCGCCUCCGCCCAGAACGGCUUCCUCAACAAGCUCCGGCACGCCAUCGGGGACAGCACCGAGAAGGUCAACGGGGGGCCCCCCCAGCUGAGCCCCGCCGCCCCCAAACCGCCCUCGCCGCCGCGGCCCGGGAGCGAGGAGGACGGGGACGGGAAGGGAGGCUCCAAGAAGACUCUGUCGCCCGGGGGGGCCAAGAAACCGCUGCACUCCUUCAGGGGCUUCCUGAAGGGCCGGGGGAUCAACCAGAUCUCAGAGGACCUCGACGAGGGCGUGGUCACCCCGGCGGCGGCCAGCCCGGCGGCCCGCCCUAGCGCCCUCGCCAGGGAGACGGAGGACUCGUUCGACCCCCUGGAGAAGCCCCCCGUGGUGAAGUUCAAGAGCAAGAAGCCGUCCAAGCUGCCCCAGAGGAGCAUGUCCCUGAUGACCAUCAACACGGCGGAGGACGACCCCGACGGCUACAAAGGCCGGAAGCGAUCCCAGAAGAAGAAUUGCAUUCAAUCCUGAGGAUGCAAUGACCCCGUAUAGGAGUGUUUGAUCUGCAGUGCGGAUAAAGUGUAGGGCCGUCUUAGGGCUGCCAUCGAGGUCCCCCCUGUACUCUGGAGGAGCUGGGUCCCAUGUCUCAAUUUAACAACCUGUGCAGUGUGUGUGGAGGAUGUUUCAGCAGCCUCACCUGGCCCGAGUCAGUCUGAUUGGCCUCUGGGGCUGAGUGAGGCUGCACACCUGGUGUGCUUUGAGCAAUCAUCCUCCACACACCCUCCACAUCAACAUGCAUGUUUAGUCCCCGGCCCGGCAGUAAUCAGCCAUGCUGUUGGAUCGGACCACAUGGUGUUGCUUGGUUUGGCCGAUGUUACCCACAAGUCCCUGGCUUUGAAUCCUUGUUUCCUUGACUGAUGCCCUACCCCACUACCCCUUAGUCCUAGUCUGCAUCCGAAUACUCAUACUUGACUGCUAUGUAGUAGGCAUUGUGUAGUACGUCACAAAUAUAGCGCGUCCGAAUGCUCAGUACGCAUUGUGUAGUAGGCGAAAAAGUUUCCGAAUGAGUACUAUCACCACAGUAUACAACGGUAGAUAACUACGCUAUCCCACAAUUCAGCCAGAGUCCGGUACCCGAAGAAGAAGUCAUCGCAGGUGACUUUAAUUUUGCCGGCAUCUGAUGUGCAGCGCACAGAGGGGAAAUAGGUAUUCUCCAAACAUCCGGUGGUGUUCGGAAGCGUUCGGAGACGUUCUACGCAUAGCUGUAGUACGUACUACAUUAAUGGUCAAGUAGUAGACACUGCACAGAAAUAGUAUAUACUUAGUAUUCGGAUGCACCCCUAGCCUCGUGAAUGCACCCCGGUCUGAGUUCAUGUUAUGUUUCGCACAUCUGUCUGGCCUCAGGCCUGUUCAUAAAUCAAUGACAGGACCAAUCAACACUCAAGGGCUGGAGCCUCAAUUUAGAAGGAAUUUCGUUUAUUACAAGAGCGGCACGCUGAUUGGCGGAAUGUUUUUUUAAACCACGUAUGGACAUGAAAUCGAUUUCUGCCAGGUGUCUCCCACUUAGAACUUCUUUCUCUGGAUCGUCCCUCAAGACUUCCCCAACUCAGAGGCUCCCUGGUACUCAACGGUGCAGCCAGUGCCAAACAGACCUAUUAAAGAACAGUCCUAUUAAAGAACAGUCCUAUUAAAGAACUCCUACCAGAGAACACUCCUAUUAAAGAUCAUUUCAUGAGCUGCUGAAGGACAGCAGGUCACAGAUAACCCUUUCAGACUGACACCGCCGCUCCAGGUUAUGAUGCAAUAUAUUUUUUUUUUUAUAGACGUGCUAUAGUUUUGUAUAAUUGAUCCGGAUUCCUCGCCAAGGUGUUGCCCUGGUUGGCAACUGGCAUUCCGGCUGUGCGGCUCUCUCGGUUGCCAUGGCGAUAAGAAAAGUGUUCAAACAGGAGUGUCGGUUUCUGGAUAAGUGUGGAGAACGGAGACUUCCAGAAGCAGAUGUCUCAGUGUGUAGAACGGAGACUUCCAGAAGCAGAUGUCUUCGAGAGGAGGCGGCGACUCUAUCGCCACAUUGCCAGGUUCUCUAAACUUUUUGCCUUGCAGUUUGUAUGUUCUUCUUUAGAAGAGAGACUUGAGAAUUUACUAAGGAAUUAUAAUGUGAAGCCUCAGGACAACUUGAAAUACCAGUGACGUGUAAAGUGGUGUAAAUGUUUGCAAUUAAAGGCUAUUUCGCAACCGCUGACAGUCUUUAAAAUAUGCAGGAUACACAUGAACACACACGCACACACACACACACACACACACACACACACACACACACACACACACACACACACACACACACACACACACACACACACACACACACACACACACACACACGCACACACAAAAACACGCAUGCACACACAUACAUGCAUGCACACAUACAUGCACAGCCGGAAAUGUGAACAGGAAGAGAGCAUGCACUGCGGUGCUCUACACAGGUGCAUUGUCAACAGAAUAUGUGGAUCUCAGAAUACAUCACAUCUCUUCACCUUUGAAGCAUAGUCCCACAGAGAUUGUUUGGAUAGGAGCAGGUUAAAAUCUAUGGCUGGUAAUCAGGUGAUUAAUACCUUGAUGCAAUUAGCAAUGACAUUGGAUCAAUGUCCGUUCAAUUUCUCCGGUUCCUGUUCGUCUGUUGUUCCCGACGAGCACCUCGAGGUCUGCUGUUUUUAACUCGAGAACAAAGUGACUCACUAAUGCCACCUGUUGGCAAAAAAAUACCAGGUUUUGCUUUUAAUUUAAAUCUUUAUUAUAAAAAAAAUAGAAAAAGGUCCAUGUUAAUCUGCGUGUCAAUAAAUACGAUGUAAUAACACAAAUAAUUGUGCAAGAUGUUUGCAUAUCUUUGUACAAAUGCUGUUGUAAUAACUUGC